AUGGAUUUAAGAAGUUUAGAUAUAAUUACAACGAUAAUAUUGAGUUUUAUACAUUUCGCGAACACGGAGAAUAUCCUGUCCUGUAGCGUCUCUAAGUUCAAUAAUUCGUGCCGUGAAAAUCAAAAAUGCGACCAAUCGACGCUGCAGUGUCAAUGUUUAGAAGGUUUUGUUGAGGAUGGAGACGAGUGUAUAUCAGAAUCUUCGAAACCGGCUUCUGAUCACGACGUGACUGCCGCCGUCGUUUCCAUAUUCACUAUCGCACUAGUUGUCGCCGGCCUCGUCUUAGUUAUAAGGAAGUAUAAUUUAAUAGAAUAUAUUCGUCAGAAAAUUGCUUUAAGACGAAAUCACGACAUAAUGUAUGAGGACGUCAUGAUCGGUCAGGACGAUCCGCCGUAA